AUGGAAAUUCAACAAAAGAAGCGUCUCAUUUCAUGCUUGGCCUACUCACGACGUAUCUCUUCCAGGCUUGGCUGCAGUGCACUCACGCUGAGCCUGACACAUGCUCUUCAUGACCUUGCGGGAUCCAAGUCUAACAAGGCUGGGAGGUGCAUCAGUUUGUAUUGUUCUUUGGGACUGGACUGUGAGGAUCUUUCUUCGGGGCCCGACUCAGGAAAUCAGUCAGGUGCACCUGCUCUGGAGAAUCCUGGCUCGAGGGUGUUUGUGGCGGAUUCAAACACGUUUCGCGGCGUCCCUUCGGAAGAGGUAUUGCUGGACAAGAGCUCACAAACUGAAGAACGGAUUUUCGACGAAGCCCAGAUCCUUGCGUGGACGAAAGACAUCGAGCAGACAGCCCGACGGUCCAUGGCUGACCUCGCACAGAAACUUGAGCGCAUGGAGCAGCAGUGGACCAUUUUAUCUGAUGACCAGUCCCUUGCUCAUCUACAAAGUCGGUUGGCGAUUAUGGAGCAACAGCACGAACGUCUGUCAGCAUCCUCGCCAGUGGAUAGAGCUAAUGCCGGUGCAAUUUCGAGCGAGAGGGCGAGCUUGCUCCGGACGGACAGUUUGUCACGCUCCUCAUGUUCGAGGUAUCCGGCAACAUCAGCUUCAGAACCUCAUUCCCUGCAAGGCCUAAGGGAGGCGCAUGCGGCGCAAAGGAGGGUAUUGAAACAGCAACGACGGGAGGCUCGCAUGCAAGCACGUCGACUCGAUGCAACUCAUGACGCAGAUUGCACAGUUGUCACGGAAACUUGUACAGCAGGAGCUUAG